UCAGUAACGAGUAACGCAGCGUUAGUAACUGUAAUAAUAUUACUGUUUUUAAAAAGUAAUUAGUUACACAACUUAGUUACUGGGAAAAGUAAUAUUAUUACAGUAACGCGUUACUGCCCAACACUGUCUAGGAUACAAGUAACUUAUGAUCGCUACAUCUCACAGCGGCCCCUCCCUUCCCAUGACUUCCAGUUAUAAGAAUCUCAAUUGCAAACAUUAUGUUGAUCUGACGUUACCAAUGAUUAAUAACAGUAAACCUGAUCCGAAAUUGUAUUUGGGUUACAGUGAACUGUUUUACUGGUUAGCUAGCUGUAGCUGUUACUUGUUUUGUUUCACAGAACUCAUCCCAUGCUUGGCACAGCAUUAAUGUAGCAAGCCAAAUCUUUUUCACCGACAAAACAUUCCAUCGUCUCCAAGUCAUCCUCCCUUUGCUGUGAUCAGGUCGGAAUGAGCUGGGCUGUGAGAUGAAUGGCAGGAGGCUGGAGGAGGGACAGAUAUUUCAACCUUCCUGUGCCAAGCUCUGCCACUGUCUGGGAGGAGGGGUGACCUGCGUGCCCCUGUGCAGUGAUGAUCUGAAGAGGCCCACUGAUAAGUGCCUCAAACCUCGGCUGGUGAGACUACCAGGGCGCUGCUGCAAAGAGUGGGUGUGUGACAGCGUGGACAACAACAUUUCCUCAAAUCCAUCCGCAGAGCAGACACGUCAGGACUACAGGGGUGGGCUGUUCGGCCCGACGUUUGGCUCGAUCUCCAACUGUAUCGAGUGGACCUCAGAUUGGAGCCCAUGCUCCCACAGCUGUGGCCCAGGUGUCUCCACGCGCACCACAACCAGAAACUGGGCUUGUCGCCUGCAGACUGAGACCAGACUGUGCCAUGUCAGGACAUGCCCAUCAAUGCUGCCGGGGCUCCGAAUGCUGCAGACGGGUUCGGGGGUGUGCGAGAGCAGCCACAUUUCACCUGUGUCCAUUAAGCUUGAACACCAGGGCUGCUGGAGCACCAGAGCCUACCGUCCCAGGUUCUGUGCCUUGACGUGUCUAGAGGGACGCUGCUGCAGCCCAUCCCACACAAGGACUGUGCGGAUGGUUUUCCGCUGCCCUCAAGGCAGGCUAACCCAGCAGCAGGUGAUGAUGAUCGAGUCUUGCUCCUGCAGCAUCUCCACCUGCCGGCAGUCCCCAGCCACAGCUGACCAAAGUUUCCUGUCCUGGCUGUGAGGUGCUUAUGCAUCCAGAUACAAGAAGAUGGGCAGGUCCCGUCAUGAGGAAACUACAGGAUGAAAAUGAUCAAACAUGAUAAUGUGGCUGUGCAGGAAGUGAAGCCAGUGUUUCAUAAUUUUGGAAAGAUUACAAUCAGGAUGUGAAACUUGCCAUUUGACACGAGCUGUUGAGAAUAUGUACAGAGUAAUGUAAAUGUGCACUCAGAUUUGAAAGUAUGUACUAAGAUUUAUGCAGUAAUCUGUAUCCAGAUUUAAAAACAAAAAGGUAACCUCAUUCACAUUUUACCUCAUAUUAUUUAAUUUCCAUGCUCCUACAAAUUCUUAUAUCACCAUAUUUUUCCGAUUUGAAUCCUGUCCACUCUUUGGCAAAGAUUUGUACUGAGAUUAAAUACACUGAACAAAAUUAUAAACGCAACACUUUUGUUUUUGCCCCCAUUCAUCAUGAGCUGAACUCAAAG